CGGAAAAGAACGACAGCAAAGACAAGAGCACAAUGGGACAGUGCCGGGUGAUUUCAUCAAAUUUAUCAAAAAUCCCUUACAAGACGUCCGACAGGAGUAGAAAAACGCAAACGAUACGCAUUUAAGGACUUGAAGUGGAUCAGAUACACACAGAACGAGCCGAACGACGAAAAGUCAAUAGUUUUUUCUAAGGGAGGAAGUUUAUUGUGGCGAAGGAAAUAUAAUAGACCGGGUAGGCAGGGUGGGUCUGCGGAAAGCAGCCAGAGCGGGGUACAGUCAGAAUACAAAACUCACCCACCCAGCCAGACAUGGAGGAGUUCGGGUCAGCGUUGGAAAAGAAUGUGACCGAUUUAACGGUUAUGGACGUGUAUGACAUAGCCGCGGUAGUGGGCCAAGAGUUUGAGAGGAUCAUUGAUCAGUACGGCUGUGAGGCUCUGUCCAGGCUCAUGCCCAAAGUAGUGCGGGUGCUGGAAAUCGUGGAGGUGAUGGUCAGUAGGAACAGCAUCAGCCCGGAGACAGAUGAGCUGAGGCUGGAGCUGGAUAAACUACGGCUGGAGAGGAUGGACCGGCUGGAGAAAGAGAAGAAACACAAGAAGGAGUUGGAGCUGGUAGAAGAUGUAUGGCGAGGGGAGGCCCAGGACCUGUUGUCUCAGAUCGCUCAACUUCAGGAAGAGAACAAGACUCUUCUCACUAACAUGUCCAUCAAAGAUCCCAUGAGUGAAGAGGACCUACAGAGGCAUGAAGGUAUGUCGGAGCGGGAGCGCCAGGUGAUGAAGAAGCUGAAGGAGGUGGUGGACAAGCAGAGAGACGAGAUCCGAGCCAAAGACCGCGAGCUCACGCUCAAGAACGAGGACGUUGAGGCACUCCAGCAGCAGCAGUCUCGUCUGAUGAAGAUCAACCAUGACCUGCGCCAUAAGAUCUCUGUGGUGGAAGCUCAAGGGAAAGCCCUCAUUGAGCAGAAGGUAGAACUGGAGGCGGGAGCUCAGGCACGGGUACAGGAAAUGGGAUCACUCCGGCAGGAAGUUACACGUUUAAGGGAGCGACUACAAGGAGACAUGCCCCCUCAGGGUCCAGAGGUGCCUCCUCCCCAGCUCCCAUCCCCUGCACAGGAGGCGAUGUGUGAUCAGGACACACCUGCUCUGUUUCAACAUUUUACCAAGGAGGCACUAUGUGAUGAGGAGGUGGACGGCCUUGACCAGAAGGAUCCCAACAGGCCCCGGUUCACACUACAGGAGCUGAGAGACGUUCUGCAUGAGAGGAACGAGCUCAAGUCCAAAGUGUUCGUGCUGCAGGAGGAGGUCGCCUACUACAAAAGUGAAGAGGUGGAGGAUGAGACCGGGCCUCCCACUCCUUCCCCAUCCCCCGAACAGCUGAGGGCACGGCCUCGACACAACGCACAGCCUGAGUCAGGAAUCAAACGCCUGUUUAGCUUCUUCUCUCGUGACAAGAGGCAGAACUCCCAGCGGAAUGCACAGUUUGAUGACAGCUUCAACUCGUGGGUGGGGAAUGAUGAGGUGUACACGGAACAGGCCCAGGAAGCUUUGCAGCACAUGUAGUGAUUGGACAGCGUUUGAUGAUGUCACUCAGAACUCUUUCCCAGUAACGUUGCAAUGCACUUAAAGGCAUCGUAAAGGUUAGCUUAUUGCACAGUACACACACCUACAGCUCAGCACAGCCAUCCACCUACUGAAAUACAUACUGACACUGAAAUACCAUCAGCUCUAAGUAACAGAGUCAUUCACCCAGCAUCUAGAGUAACCACCCUGUCUUUGGCAGUAUAAUCCUUGCCUUGCCUUGGGACUGUGCUUAGUGUGCCUGCUGCAGCACAAUGGGAUUGUGUGACAUUUUUGCUUCUAAGUGACAGGAAUCACAGAGGGUUGAGGGUGAAGAGGAGCCUUUCUUUAUCCCAAAGUGAAACCCACCAGAAUUGAUGGAUGCUCAGAGCGGUUCCCUUUGUGUUAGAACAGGCAGGGAUACACUAGGCGUGUGAGAGAUACACAGAGUCAGGCUUGGAAGGAUUGUGGAACGAGGUGACAGGAAGCGAGAUAGAGGAACCACACGAGACACUCCAGAUAGAGAAUCAUGGGACACAGAAGAAGAAAGAGGGGGGUUCAAUCCAGUAAAGAAACCUUGAAGACAAGUUGGCAGUGCUGACCCAGAUGUAGUAGGUUCUGUACCAUCUUUAUACUCCCUUGGCCCUGAGCUAGACCCGUCAUGUCCUUAGAGGCAGCUAGAGAGCACUAUGGCUAGACCCACCUCACCAGCUAAAAAGUGUGUGAACAGAUGUGGUGUUUUUUUUACAGAUCGACCUUGCACAUAAAUGAAUACAUUACUGGGUGUUGAGAUGGGAUUGCCCAAAUUAAAGAAAAUGUUAUGGGUUUAUAUUUUUCCAGUGGUGAAUGAAGCACAGAAGGUUGUAGUUUUACAAUGUCUUAUGGAAAGACAGUAUUUUUGUUUUGAAAUUAUUUAACUAGAUGCUGCUUGCUGCUGCUUUUUUGUUUUCAGGACUAGCCAAGUGGUGUACAUAUGAAGCAAGAGACAAAAAUAUGCAAGUUUGGCUAACUGUAUUUGAUAUAUACAUGUACAUUUUGAAUGGGCGUCAUGUUGGAACCAAAUGUGACAACACAAACUAAAAACAACAUUGAGAAUGCAAAUUUGAAUGUCGUGGAAUAUUUGGUUUAAACAUGGAUGACAGUUUGCCAAACUCUGCUGUGGCUGCAAGAUGGUUUGUGAGAAGUAAAAUGGAUAGUGUGGAUGAGGGAGGUUCUUGAUAAUGAGUAGUCCUGACUUCAGCAGUCAGGCAGACAUAACGCCUCAGCCUCACUAUGCUAAGAGAUCAUUAAUACUAUUACUAUGACUGGACAACUUUUCAAUCAUUUAUUUUAUGAUGCAACUUAAUCAAGGCGCAAAACUAGGGCAACACUUAUUUGUGACAAAAGGGAUUGAUAGUCGAGAAAGGUUAUAUCUUGUCUGGUGGCAACAUCACACCAAAAUGUACACAAAGGGGAAAUAAAUACACAAUCUAUCCAAACAAGGGAAGAUGAGGGAAGAUGUCAAUAUAUGCAAGACAUCCUUCUUUUGCAACAAACUUUAUGGACCCGCUUCACACCAAGUAGAUUUCUAUUGGAAGGAUUUUAAAUAUGAUAAAGGUCUCAGUUUUCAUACAGCUUGUUGUCUUUUUUUCAGAUAUACAAACUCAAUAAAUAUGGUGAUCCCCAGAAUG